CCGAGGAAGGGAAUAUGUACCCAAGGCUCUUCUUUGGGUUAAGAAGUGUCACUGUUUUAUGUAUCAUCGUUUUACAGUGUAUGCUUUUAUUGAAGGGAAUGUCAGCUGCAGAUAAGUCUUAUUAUAUUGGUCUGCUUCAGGACACCUCAACUUUGAACGAUGGCUUCCGAAGUAAAGACAGCUAUGGAGAGGAUUGGCCUCUUCAGUGAGCCAACCUAUAUCACUAUUGGGGACAAAUACACGUCUCUUUACAACAGACCUUUCAAUGACGCAGCAUCCAAAAACAAGCAAAUGUUGCCUGGAGGCUCGAAGGUGAGGUCAGCCCUUCAAGAGGGUUACUUUGAUUCUCAGUUUAAGAGAGUCUUUGAAAAAGAAGCCUAUUCUGACCCUGUCAAAUUAAGGAGACAAUUCAAGAUGCAGCAGUCAAAGAAGAAUCUAGGAAAACCCUUUUAUCCCAGCAAUGGGGAAAAAAAGCCGUCAGGAGCCGGCAGCUACUAUGGGACACUUAGUGCUCCCAUUCAAGCAAUGAGUGCACUACAAGCACCCAAAAAACCUUACAAAUCGCCAGGAAAGAAUGUUUUAACAAACCCUCCAAAGCACGGAACUGGAUACGGAUAUCACAAUUUAACUUUGUCAAAACCGUACCCGUACACUUCAGACCCAUAUGACAGAGAAAAAGAAAUGAGAACGACAUACAAUUCAUCACACAGAAACUCGCUCAGAGGUGGAACGUUUUUCAUAAACCUCCAUCCAAAAGAUCUAUUUGAUUGCAAUCCCUACAAACUUGACAAGCCUUUGCCACCUGUAAAGAAAAAUGGAGGGAAAAAGCCUGCUGUUGUACCAUUUAAACCAAGUUCACCACCGAAGAAGAUUGGUGGCAUGAAAGCAGGAACCUUUGAAGUGUAUCCUUCCCAUUCGGCAGACCCCUUUACAGUGAAAACAACAAAGGCUAUCACUAAAAACGAGAAAGGAAGGAUAUUCCAACCAUCCCCUGGACCAAAAAGCAGGCCUGUAAAAAGUGUUGUUAUUGCCAAUAUCAUGAAGUAAGUAUACUUUAGUUUGCUACAAUAAGAGGAUGCAUGCUAUAGGAGGGAAUAAUCGCCUUACGAAUGGAUUGAGAUUUUAAAUAUUUCUAAUAUUAUUUUUAUACCA